UUAGAGUUUGUGCGUGAACGAUGUUGGACCUGUUCACGAUCUUCACCAAGGGCGGCAUCGUGCUGUGGUGCUUCCGCAGCACGAACCAACUGUUUGGCCCCUCGGUGAACGCACUGAUAAAGAGCGUUAUCCUACAGGAGCGAUCGGGAGUUUACGAUCACGAUGGGCUCUCGCUCCAAUACAGGCUGGACAACGAGUUCGAGCUGGUGUUCGUGGUGGCAUUCCAGAAGAUCUUGCAACUUGCGUACGUGGACAAGUUUUUGAGCGACGCGCAUCUCGAGUUCCGGGACAAGUACAAGAAUGAACUGUGCGUCGAUGGGCGGACGUACGGUGAGUUUGAUUUCGGGGCCGACUUUCGGCGCAUUCUCGAGCGGGCGGAAAAGUGGGGCCGCCAGCAGGCCACCGUUCCGAAGGCGAUGCGCAGCUACGAGGAUUCGGCGAAAUCGAAGAAAACGGUGGCCUCGAUGAUUGAGCGCCGGGGAGAAGAGAAACCGGCCACGGCCGGCAGCAAGAAGUCGGUGAAAAUUGUCGAAAAGAAGGGAAAGAACACCACACCCGAGCAGCAGCAGCAGCAGGAGGACGGUGAUGAUGCAGCGAGCCGUGGCGCGGGAGCGGACGAGGAUAUGAUACUGGAGAAUCGCAAAAAGUUUGCUGAAAAGAUGGCGGGCAAGGGCAAAAAGCUGGAGAAGCAAAAGUCGCCAAAAUCGCCCAAUCAGCAGACCCAGCAGAAGGCGGGCAAGCAGAUGCGGGUGUGGGAUUUGGGUGGCAACACGAAGGAUCUUCCGAAUCUCGAUCGCUCGAAGGAUCGGCCCGAGGACGUGCGCAGUGAUUUCAGUCCGAACGACCAGAUCAUUGGCAGCAUGCGCGGCGGGAUACGUGAUCUGGACGUUGAGUCCGACAGUGACGAGUACUCCGAGGAAGAGGAGGACGAUGACGCGACCGAGGAAGAGCGCAAGCAACAGCCAGCAGGCCGCGGUGGGAUGUUCGCCAUGUUCCGGGGGCUGGUGGGAGCGAAGAAUCUGUCACGGGACGAUAUGCAGCCGGCGCUCGAAAAGCUUCGCGAACACUUGAUUACGAAGAACGUGGCGACGGACAUUGCGCAGCAGCUGUGCGAAUCGGUGGCGGUGAAGCUGGAGGGCCGUGUCAUCGGUACCUUCGAUACGAUCGCGGCCACGGUGAAGACCACCUUGACGGAGGCGCUGGUGCAGAUUCUUUCGCCCAAGCGUCGUGUAGACAUUCUGCGCGAUUGUCUCGAGGCAAAACGUGCUGGGCGACCGUUCGUGAUGAGCUUUUGCGGAGUGAACGGAGUCGGCAAGUCGACGAACCUGGCAAAGAUCUGCUUCUGGUUGAUCGAAAACAACCUGAGCGUGCUGAUUGCGGCCUGCGAUACGUUUCGUGCCGGCGCCGUGGAACAGUUGCGCACUCACAUGCGCCACCUGAAUGCGCUGCAUCCUCCGGAACGUCACGCCGGUCGCAGCAUGGUGCAGCUGUAUGAGAAGGGCUACGGAAAGGAUGCCGCCGGUAUUGCGAUGGAAGCCAUACGGCACGCUAACGAAAGUGGCAUCGAUGUGGUGCUGAUCGACACGGCCGGCCGUAUGCAGGACAAUGAACCGUUAAUGCGUGCGCUGGCGAAGCUGAUCAAGGUGAACGAACCCGACCUGGUACUGUUCGUUGGCGAAGCACUCGUCGGCAACGAGGCCGUCGAUCAGCUGGUAAAGUUCAACCAAGCCCUCGCCGACUACUCGUCCAGCGAACGGCCGCACAUCAUCGAUGGCAUCGUGCUGACCAAGUUUGACACGAUCGACGACAAAGUGGGAGCGGCCAUCUCGAUGACCUACAUCACCGGGCAGCCGAUCGUUUUCGUUGGCACCGGGCAAACUUACACCGAUUUAAAGGCCCUCAACGCCAAGGCCGUUGUGCACGCGUUGAUGAAGUAAAGGUCGCAGCGGCGUGUACCGAUCCUAGUCACAGAAAGUUCACCACCAUUCACUACCACGGCCACUGCAGCGGCAGAACCAAUCAAUCAAUAGAAUUAGCGGAAUCUUCCACCACACGAAUGACCAAUGCUCUGACGAGUGUUUCCGAUCCGAAAGACAGAAGGCAGUCCGCUCGGUUGCCAGUGUUAUUGCAUUCAGAAAAAACAACAUAUGCGUACACGCACGUUGUCUACCAAGUUUUGGGCGGGGGGCUAGGGACUAAG